AACGCGUUAGGUGUAAUUUAGGUUCAGUCGUUCGUUCGUUGGAGCUUCGGAAAAUAAACUCGGGAAAUAAAUCUUGGUAAAACGUGCGAAUCCGUCAACUUUUUAACUCAAAAACCAUGAGCGCCUUUCCCGGAACGUUCGCGUUCGACGAAUAUGGUCGGCCUUUCAUCAUCCUGCGCGACCAGGAGCGCCAGAAGCGCAUCACAGGAACAGAUGCCAUAAAGACGCACAUUAUGGCCGGCCGCCAGAUCGCCUCCACUCUGAAGACCUCUCUGGGUCCCAAGGGUCUGGACAAGAUCAUGGUGAGCCCCGAUGGCGAUGUGACUGUGACCAACGACGGCGCCACCAUCAUGAAGCUGAUGGAGGUUGACCACGAGAUUGCCAAGCUGAUGGUGCAGCUGUCGCAGUCGCAGGACGACGAGAUCGGCGAUGGAACCACCGGCGUUGUGGUCCUGGCCGGAGCUCUGCUGGAGCAGGCGGAGGGUCUGAUCGACAGGGGCAUCCAUCCCAUUCGUAUCGCUGAUGGCUUUGAGUUAGCCGCUCAGUGCGCCAUCAAGCAGCUGGACGCGAUCGCCCAGCCCUUCCCAGUGGAUCCGAAGAACAAGGAACCCCUGAUCCAGAUUGCAAUGACCACCCUGGGCAGCAAGAUCGUGAACAAGUGCCAUCGUCAGAUGGCCGAGAUGGCUGUGGAUGCCGUGCUGAAUGUGGCCGACAUCGAGAAAAAGGACGUGAACUUCGAGCUGAUCAAGAUCGAGACCAAGGUCGGCGGUCGCAUGGAGGACUCGAUGCUGGUGAAGGGCGUCAUCGUGGACAAGACCCUCAGCCACUCGCAGAUGCCCAAGGAGCUGAAGAACGUCAAGUUGGCCAUCCUCACCUGCCCGUUCGAGCCCCCGAAGCCGAAGACCAAGCAUAAGCUCGAUGUGACCUCCGCGGAGGAUUACAGGGCACUGCGCGAGUACGAGCAGGAGAAGUUCACGCAGAUGGUCAAGCAGGUAAAGGAUGCCGGCGCCACUUUGGCCAUCUGCCAGUGGGGCUUCGACGACGAGGCCAACCACCUGUUGCUGCAACAGGAACUGCCCGCCGUGCGCUGGGUAGGCGGUCCGGAGAUCGAGCUGAUUGCCAUCGCCACUGGUGGACGCAUCGUGCCGCGCUUCGAGGAGCUCACAGCCGAGAAACUGGGUCAUGCUGGACUCGUCCGCGAGAUGGCCUUUGGCACUUCCAAGGACAAGAUGCUGGUCAUCGAGGAGUGCAAGAACUCCAAGGCCGUAACCAUCUUCUUGCGUGGCGGCAACGCCAUGAUCAUCGCCGAAGCCAAGCGGUCCAUCCACGACGCCAUCUGCGUGGUGCGCUCGCUGGUGAAGGACUCGCGUAUUGUUUAUGGCGGCGGAGCGGCUGAGAUCAGUUGCUCGCUGGCGGUGGCCAAGGAGGCCGACCAGCUGUCCACCCUGGAGCAGUACGCCUUCCGCGCCUUCUCUGUGGCCCUGGAGAGCAUUCCGCUGGCCCUUGCCGAGAACAGCGGCCUGCAUCCCAUCGAGACGCUCUCGGAGCUGAAGGCCAGCCAGGUGGCAGAGAAGAAGCCCAGCCUGGGUGUGGACUGCAUGCUGUCGGGCGAUUCUGACAUGAAGAGCCACAAUGUGGUGGAGUCGCUGCACUCGAAGAAGCAGCAGAUCCUCCUCUCCACGCAGCUCGUCAAGAUGAUACUCAAGAUCGACGACGUGCGUUCGAAGAACGAAGGCGGCAUGUAACGACCCACUAAAACACCACGCAUCAGAUCCAGUUUUAGAUUCACAUCCCCUCGCUUUGCUAUCUCUUCACGAACACCGCCUCAUCUCGUACAUCUGUAUUAAUUGUUUACUUUUAUUAAUCCACAAGUUCUUUGGAAAAGAAGAAAAUUACAUUAUACAAAGGGGCUAUCCCUGGUCAAAUACACUAAAACCAAACUAA